AGAAAAACCUCUGUUGUAGAGUCUCGCGUGUUUUUCUACCUAACAGAGCCAUCAGCCAUCACAUGCAUGCAAGGUCAAGACUUGGAAGGCAAAUUCAGCGCGCGAAUAGCUCACCAAGCGUGGUGGACAUCGACGGGCCUAGGUCAAAUUGCAGAAGGAUUACCCAGUGGUCAACAUUUCUUGCCUUCCUUGACAGCCGGGACAAGUUGCAUGUGACGUGAACGAACUGUACGUGAGAAGAAGUGGCGAACCGCUGGUACAUAUCGCUACGCUACGGAGAGAGAGGGAAGGAAGCUCUGCGCUUUUCGUCGUCCUCGAUCACUGCAUGUACCCAUGAUGACGGCCGUAUAGUUUGAACGCUCCAUCCGCGACUUGCGAAACCGCGUGACUGUGUGCCACUGUGCUGCUCGAUAGGCGCGCUAGCUAAGACAUAUAAUAGCGACGUCGGAGUAGUUCACAUUUUGCUUGGAUGUGUUACAGGCUUACAGCUCUUGAUUUGUUGGUGCAUAACGAAAUUCAGCCAGUUGGAGGCAUUUCUUGAAGCUUUUCCGAUUCAGUUUUUUUUCUUUUCUUUUGGGGUUUCUUCCAUCUGUCGGGCUUUUGCUUUCUCGUCUCCGGACCUUCUAGCUGUCAGAAACUUAACUUCUUGAUUGAUCGAUUGGUCCGUCGGUUGUGUUGUUUUCAGAGAUGCUACGAGAAGCGUAAGAACUAGGAGACGACAAAGCUCCUUUCUUUUAUCGCCAAGCCUUGGUGUUUCUCUUUGUGAUUCGGGGUAGGCAACAAACCACUACGAUCGUCCUCAAUUUCGCCAGCUUCCUCCAAGAAAUGGGCUGCCUAUGCCUAUGCCGGGACAAAUGGAGGCGCAAGAGGCGGCCGGAGUCCUCGGCGCCGCCAUCACAGGCAGCCGCUGCCUCCUCCUACGCCGCAUGCACGGGGCCGAGCUCCCACCACGCGUCCGUACCAGCCGCCGGCGCCUCGGCCGCGUCGCCAGCCUGCAGCGCUACUGCUACGAGCACGUCCGACAGCUCGGGCGCGCGGCCGGCGUCGAGCAAGUCAUUGGGCUCCUCCGCCCGGAGCAUCCCGGAGCUGUACGGGGAGAGGGGCGCGCACAGCCUGCUGGAGCUCAGCCUCCGCGAGCUCCGUGCCGCCACGGCCGACUUCAGCCCGCUGCUCAUGGUCGGCGUGGGUGGCUUCGGGUGCGUCUACAGGGGCGCCCUCCGCCUCCCCGGCGGGAAUCCCCACGGCACCGCGGUCGCCGUCAAGAGGCUCAACCCCAACGGCGGCCAGGGACACAAGGAAUGGCUGGCCGAGGUACAAUUCCUCGGCAUCGUCGAGCACCCGAACCUUGUCAAGCUCGUCGGCUACUGCGCAACACAGACCGAUCAAGGGCCGCAGAGGCUUCUGGUCUAUGAGUUCAUGCCGAACAAGACGCUGGACGACCACCUGUUCAACCCAGAGCACCCUGUACUCCCAUGGGAAGUCAGGUUGCAGGUAGCACUGGGUGCUGCUGAAGGGCUGCUCUAUCUCCAUGAGGGCCUUGAGCUUCAGAUUAUAUACCGCGAUUUCAAGGCUGCAAACAUACUGUUGGAUGAGGAGUUCAGACCCAAACUGUCGGACUUUGGAUUAGCAAGGGAGGGCCCGUCAGAAGGUCAAACUCAUGUGUCUACAGCGGUCAUGGGAACCUACGGCUAUGCAGCUCCAGACUAUGUCCAGACAGGGCAUCUCACCACAAAGAGCGACGUCUGGAGCUUCGGAGUGGUAAUGUAUGAAAUCCUCACGGCUCGACGCUCGGUGGAGAAAAAACGCCCCAAGAACGAGCAGAAGCUCCUGGAGUGGGUGAGGCGGCACCCAGCCGACACCGAACAGUUCCGCGAGAUCAUGGACACAAGGCUUGACGGGAGGUACUCCAUGAGAGGAGCAAGAGAGAUUGCCAAACUGGCCAACAGCUGCCUUGCAAAGUAUGCAAAGGACCGCCCCACCAUGGUGGAGGUGGUUGAGAGGCUGAAGCUGGCAAUGCAGCACAAGGAACUGGAUGGUCAUCAUGCCUGCUCAGUGGAGGAAAGUUCGUUUCUUCAUCAGGCACCAACGACACCACCCAUGGAGGAUGAGGCUGCGGUUUCGGCAAGACGGCGGAUGCUUCAUUUGGCUGCUCUAGGUGAGAAUGCAAAUGCUCAUGCAAGGAGAAGAUUGAUGCUCAUGAGGGCAGCUGCUCCUCGGACGUGAUACCCUGCCAUCGUUGAGGCUCUUGAUUUUGACGGAUUUUUUCUUCUUGUUGUUCUGCUUUUUAUGUAUAAUAACUGUAUAUAUGGUUUAGAAAUUUAGUUUUCUCCAGUGCCAUAUCUAGUGAUUGAUGAGUAAAGUUUUAAGGCCUGGUGGUGGUAAAAAUAGGUUGAAAAGCAUGAGUGCAAUUAUGCCUUUCUGUUGUCGGACUCACGUGAGCCAGCAAUUUGUAUACAUGGAAAUGGUGCCUACUAUUUCAUUUGGAUAUGUAGUUUUUGGAAUA